GAGGAUACUAAGUAGUUCAACAGCGUGAAGACUGCACAAUCUGUAAAGAAAAGAGGACACGCACAGCAUACCACGGCAAUAUUAUUUUGAACCUGCGCUCGGGACUGGUCAGUCAGCGGCUACCAGUGGUGAUUCAACAAACACUAUCCCAUCGGAGAACUCAACACAUAGAUUACAAAGUAAGUGAAUAUCUAUAAAUGUCUUACAAUUAAAAUCAUGAUUCAUGAAUUCAUUUAAUUCUCAUCCAAAUAGCCUGCUGUUUUUAAACUUAGUGGUGUUUGACACUUUGUGAAAUACAAUUCCCUCUCAUCCAGUUUGAGGAAAAGGAUGGGAGAUGAAACCAUGUCUUUGAUCGGUUUUCACCUUUGAUUGGCUGCUGGCAAAGUAACAUACACCUUGAACUAAUUUGUUUGGCCAAUCAAUUAGUGUCUUUAUCAGCAGUCAAUACAAGUUGUUCAGUGUCAGAGAGACCUGCAAUGUUAUAACAAAUGUAUUCGUCCACAUUGAAAACAUUGUAAUUCAAAGAAUAGACAAACAGAUUUUCACAGAACAGAAAGGGUGACUAAGAAAAAGAACACACAAAAAAACACAGUAUGACAGGGUGUGUUAAUUAGCUAGAUUAUUGUGUGUGUGCUUAUUGUAUGAUAUAGUGCCUACUGUGUGUCAUUAUAGUGGAUUGGUCUGUUAUUUUGAGACCUGCCUUAUUUAAUUGCUCUUUUUAAUUGCUCGUUUUCUGCAGUAUUAUAUCAGAAAAGUAAUAACAAAGAAACAAAUAAUUCAAAAAUAAAAUACAAUUUUAUUGGUUGUGUACAGAUUUUGCAGAUGUUAUCGCAGGUGCAGCGAAAUUCUUAUGUUUCUAGCUACAACAGUGCAGUAAUAAUACCUAACAAUACAAAACAAUACACACAAAUCCCCAAAAUAAAGAAAUAAAGAAAUAUCAGAACGAGCAAUAUCAGAGUCUGAAACAUGCUCACAGCCACAGGAAAAACAUGAACUCCUGGCAGAUUAGAUGGGGAGCAUAUUCUUUCAGCGCUGGAUAAGUGAAGAUCAUUCCUCAAUUACAUUGGGGUGUGGUUGCUGGCCCUCUCUUGUUUCACAAAAUGUCACAAAAAAUAAUUUAGCUGCAGUGACUCAAGCUCUGAGGUACACUCCUCUCCUCCACACUUAGGGGCAAUUAAUUCAUUGUACAUCUUCCGUCUGUCCACUGCAUGUAAAUAUAUUGUAGUUACUAGCUAGUUACAACACAGAGCAUGUCUACUGGACAUGGCUAAAAGCCACCCAGCAAGCUGGACAUUCAGUCAUUCUCAAAUGGAACACAUUCCCAUUCCGUACAGUCCUGCCCUCAACCCGUUCAUAUUUUUGGCACUGGGGCAGGUGGUGUGCUUCUUAUCCUAUCAUUGUGCAUAUGUAUGAGCGUGUGUCCGUGUGUCUUUAAUGGUUUGUGUGUGUGUGUGUGUGCAUAUUAUGUGUUUGAACGUACUGUAUGUAUACAUAUCCAUGUGCAUACCGAAUGUGACAGAAUUCAAGUUAUAUUUGCACUAGUUAGGUAUUUCAAUUUUUAGUUAGACUUCCUAUAUCCCACUAUUCCACUUAUUCACACAUCUCAGCAGUUGCGCAAUUUCUAUUGUGAAUUCUAAAUCAGUGGAAUGUUUUCUCACUCUCCCUCUCCCAGUUGUUUUUCAGUAUGAGGUCAGAGGUGUUAGGUUUCUUAGUAAUGAAGAAGAAGCAUUCCUUUCUUUCUCUGUCUAUAAUUUAUCUUCAAUCUCUCCACUCCUUUCUUUGAUUCUCCUCAUUGGCAAGUAUGUAAGGAAUGAGCCGGCCCUCUUCCAGUGUUUCCUCAUUGAAACUGUGAUCUGUCACUGUGUAGUAACAAUUAGUGAGAGGCAGGAAUGCAGACAGAGUGUGGGAAAGACUUUCAGAGGGACUAAAGAAGUGACUGGAUAGGCCUCUACAAAGAGGAUUAUGAAAGAGUUGGAUAAAGGAGCAUAGGACAGGAAGACGACAUACACACGAUAGGAGAUGAUAGUGAGCUUUCCUGCACUCAUGAGAGCACAACAUUUGAUUUGUGAUGCACAUUGGCCAAUUAUAAUGGCAACUGUUCAAAAGUUAUCGGAUGGAUCUGGAUUGAUGAUAGAGUAAUAAGCACAAGCAAAAUGAAAACGAUACAUGGCCCUCUCUGUUUUCUUUUGAUUCUCAGGAUGCCUGUGGAAACGCUGUCAGUCAGACACUCUCGGUCUAAUGUGGGUAGGUUCCCAUCAGUCACAUUGGGAUGGGGGCAGGAUGAGCCAGAGAAGGAGGAACCAGAGGAGGAGAACACAGAGGAGGGGGCGUGUCGGCGAUGGUUAUGUAAGAUCUGUCCUUGCUGCUGUCAAAGACAGAACGAUGAUGAUGACAUCACAGAUAUGGUCGUGACCGGGAUCCCGGAUGUAGACAACGAUGCGGGGAUGAAUGGCGACAAGCCAGUCACUGGUGGAAGUGAGCUCGAAGGUAAUUUACUCUUUUAAAACUCCCAAACUUUUCAUCAUUACUACGCUAGACAUUGUGGCAUUUGUGACAAAAUGGUUGACAUUAAAAUGGCCUACCUUUCUUAUCUCCUUGUCUCAGAGCUGUUGUUGACAGUGCGGUCCGUAGACCUGAUGAAAACCAAGAUGGGUCUGAACCGCCUGGAGCAUCACACAGACCGUUACUAUGGUGAUGACCUCAUCAUCCGCAGGGGGAAGACCUUCAUGAUGUGGCUUGACCUCUCACGACCUUAUGACCCCAACACAGACAGACUCCACCUGGAGCUUAAGACAGGUCAGUGAGACAUUCUGCAGAAUCAUGAUAGGCUACUGUGACUCAACAACGGCCUCCCCUGUCCCCCUUCUGGGAAACCCUAGGGCUAAUAGGUGCACAUGAUAACAGUAAGCCCUUUAUAACUAAUCAUGGGAACUUUGAAAGUAACUUUAAGUGGUAUGAAACUUUUGUUUACGGGUAUGAGCGUGUGUGCUUGUUUGUGUGUGUGUGUGUGUGUGUGUGUCUGUGUUAAAGUGUUUGUGUGCUUGUGUCUCUGAAGCCUUGUGCCUCCACUAUGUUUUGGUGGUUAUCGCCAUGGUAACUGAUUCAUCCGUGUGGUUGGUGGCAAGUCUCCAGUGUUUUAGAGGAGAAUGCCUCUCUCACAGUCCUGCCCAAAUCCCCUCUUUCCACUGACAACUAUCUCCUACCAUAAACAGCUUUAAUAACCACCAACCAGCUCACCAACUCAAUUCACCAUGCCCUUUCAGCUUCUUGAUUGUAAACUUUAUCUUAGAGUAUGUGUGUACUAUAUGAGGAGAUGUGUCUUAAUCUUGCUGGGUGGUAGCCAGUGUAUUAAUAGACAAGCAGCAAAUCACCAUCUGAGCCAUGCUGGUAUUUAUAGAACAGCAACAUGCAGGACAGAUACUGUAUGGCUCUUUAGAAUGAGUGUACUGUGGGUGGAUUGUGUGUGUGUGUGUGUGUGUGUGUGUGUGUGUGUGUGUGUGUGUGUGUGUGUGUGUGUGUGUUUGUGUUUGAAGAAGUGAGUUUUUCUGCUUGUUUUUUCUAACACACCCUGUUAUGGUAGGAAUGCACCCAGCUAGCACAUUUGGUUCCUUGGAAAUUGUGGGAAUGUACAGUAUGUUUUUGGUUUCACAUUGGUUGUGAGAACGAAGCCAUAUGUUUCCUGACUGGUAAAACGGAGAACAGAAGUGAAAAUUUAGCCUGUUCUGUGAACGUUUAUUUUAAUAGGUUGCAGAGAGGUUCUAAAAACGUUUUACUCUGGUUCCUUGAACGUUUUCCUGGUUUUAUUUAUUAACGCUUUGAGAACGGAAAUGAUAGGUUAUUUGGAGGUUUUUUAAUAUCUUCCUUAAAACUUCCACUGAAUGUUUAAAUAAGACUGCUAUCCUAUUUUGGGUUAACCUUUUUGAAAUCCAAGCACAGAUAGGACACAUGGAAAUGUAUUUCUUUAGGCAUUAAUCAUGCAAACACAUACAGUACAUUUCUUUAUUUUGACACAGCAUCAAUGAGAUUCAAACCUAUAAUUUUCUGUGCUCUGCUCAUGGAAUUAGUCCAUUGCGUCAUCAGGAUGGAGCUAGCAUACAAUGUUUUUUUUUACACAUACAAAGCUGUUUGUUUCAGUCUACUCCAGGGGUGUCCAAAUAAUUUAAUGGAGGGCCUAGUGUCUGCUGGUUUUUGGUUUUUCCUUUCAAUUAGAACCUAGACAACCAGGUGAGGGGACCCCAUUUCAAAGGAAACAAGCACUCAUUAAGAUCAGGUGUGGCCAAUUAGUGGGUGUGGCCAACACACCUGAACACACUUAACAAGAUAGUGGAUAGAGAGAGUUUUGAUGAUGCUGAGAAUGGAAUGUAUCUUUUUAAAUAACAUUAGAAGUUUUCUUGUGGUUUUUAUGGAAAGUUUUCUUAACGUUCUCAGAACAAUGUGAGAACAUGGCUUUAAAUAGAACCAUGAGAAAACCUGUAGAAAACUUUAUGAUGAAGUACUGAAAUUCCUAAAGAAGAACGUUGUUUCUUAACAUUCUCUGAAUUAUUUGAGUUCAGAGAACCAUUUAAAUGUAGCCAUGUUUGAACUUUUAGAAAACAUUCUGUUAAAGUAAUGAAAUACCAAGAAAUUUCAUUUUUUUUGUGAAGUUCCUUAAAUGUGCUGAGAAUGUUCCAAAGCCAAGCAACUAUCCUUCACCAUUCCCAGAAGGUAGUUGUGGGAAGGUUGUAUGCAAAAUAACCAUUGUACAACCACGCUCUCAUCAAGCUCUAAGACACAUAUGGUUCUCAGAACAUUAUGUAUUAGCUGGACAGGGUGCGGUCACCAAUCUGGAAUAGAACUCUUUCGGGAGGGAAUACAUCGAUGGCGUUUAUAACUAACUACAGGAAAUUAGCCAUAGUGUGUGUGUGAAAAGUUUUAUUACGAUAUGAAACUCUUGUUUUUGGCAGCGUUGCCAACAUGUCAACAUAUUUUUUUCCUGAUAGCAACAAGGGACAGCAACUUCAGGUUAUUUUUUUGCAAAAAGUGAUACAUUCAGUUAAAAUAUGAGUAAGAGAUAUUGCACCACAGAAUUACACCACAUUUUGUUCUUAUCCCACUGAGUAAUAUGUCUGUGUGUUUCUGGGACAGGAUCCCAGCCUACAGUGGCAAAGGGCACCCAUGUCAUCAUCCCAUUGGUUGAGGAGCUGGAGGAUGACUGUUGGGAGGCCAAGAUCGUGAAACGGGAUGGCAACAGGAUGAAGCUGUCUGUUAACUCCCAGCCCACUGCCGUGAUUGGCCGAUACCAGCUCACUGUGGCAACGCAUAGCCCGAAGGGCGAGGCCACAUCUACACAUGACCCAGGGAAUGACAUCCGCAUGCUGUUUAACCCUUGGUGUGAAGGUGAGAGAGAGAGAGAGAGAGAGAGAGAGAGAGAUUAAAUUAGUUAAUGCAAAGAGAGCUUAUCCCUGUUCUCAGCCAACCCCACUGACUCUUAAAAAUAAUACUCACACCCAACAUAAUAGACCCACAUUUGUUUUCUCCUUAUCAUAACGAGAUCUCUGGGUGGUAUUAUGAAACAUAAUCUAACCGGUCAAGUAAGCCAUAUAUUUGUGUAAUGAAGGAAAUAUGUGUCACUCAGAGGACCUAGUCAUUCACCCUUCUGUAAACUCAGAGACUCUCCAUAGUCCACUCCAUCCUCAUUUCAGGCUGAUGACAUCACAUAAUGGAAUUGUUUUCUUUUUGAAUAACUGAAUCUGACCGCUCUCUCUCUCUCGCAAUCAGAAGACACAGUGUACAUGGACGAUGAGGAGGAGAAGAAUGAGUAUGUCCUGAAUGAUGUCGGUAGGCUUUACUAUGGCACAGAAAACCAGAUUGGUGCAAGAACGUGGAACUAUGGACAGGUGAAGGAACAUGAAGAUUGUCAGUCAGGUGAUGGGAAAAUGGCCUGAGUAGGACAGACCCAACUAACUUAUUUCUGUCAUUGCCCCUGCUUCUCUCUCUCCUUCCAUCUCUACCUCUCUAUUUCUCAGUUUGAUGAGGGGAUCCUGGAUGCCUGUCUGUAUGUUUUGGAGAAGAGUGCGACCCCCCCCUCAGGCUGGGGAGACUCUGUCAAUGUAGUCCGAGUCAUUUCAGCCAUGGUGAGUCCUCCUCGCAAACACAAGGUUUCUUAAAAACCUCACACUAUUACCUCUAACCUCACCUCUAAGUCCAAUCAAUGUCCAACCAAACUGGCACCUCAUUAUUCCAACUCUAAAUUGAAUUCAAAGUUAACCCAUAGUCUCCCUUAUCCCAGAUCAACUCCCCAGAUGACUGUGGGGUCGUGGAGGGUAAUUGGUCAGGGAACUAUGUGGGAGGGACUUCCCCUACAGCUUGGAGUGGCAGUAUGGACAUCCUGAAGAAGUAUCAUAAGGACGGAGGCACACCGGUCAGAUAUGGCCAGUGUUGGGUCUUCUCUGGGGUCACUACCACAGGUUAGUUAUGUGUGUUUGUUUGUACAUGAUCAAAUGACUUUUAUGAGAGUGUGCUAGGUUGAUAUUCAUUGACCCCUAACCUCUCACCCUCCUAUCUCUUUCAGUGUUGAGGUGUUUGGGCAUUCCCUCCCGUAGUGUGUCCAACUUCAACUCUGCCCAUGACACAGAUGUCUCCUUGACAACAGACGUGUACUUCAAUGAGAAUUUGGAGUCUAUAGAUCACCUCAACGCUGACUCUAUCUGGUUAGUAGAAUGUCAUCACACACCACUCUUAUGUAAAUACAAUAUGGAUUUACUAGAUUACAUCUAAAUUACAACCCAUCCCUCCAUCAUUUCUUUCUUUAGGAACUUCCAUGUGUGGAACGACUGUUGGAUGGCUCGUCCAGACUUGCCACCAGGUCAUGGUGGCUGGCAGGCGGUAGACUCCACCCCCCAGGAGACCAGCCAGGGCACCUUCCGCUGCGGCCCUGCCUCCAUCACCGCCAUCCGCAACGGACAAGUGUUCCUCAAACAUGACUCGCCCUUCGUCUUUGCCGAGGUCAGUCUAGUCUAGUGUGUCUUCCUCUUUAUUCCUUUGUCUUUGCUGAGAUGUCGUUCUCAUACCUCUCUCUGCCUGACCUCAGCUCUCCAUGCUAGCAGGGUACAAAGUUUCUAUGUCUAUCUCAGAUGCACAGUGAUGACAUGCCCCUGUUAGUCUCAGAUGUCCUCCAUCUCGACCAUCUCUACCUCUCUCUUCCUGCUGUACCUGUCCUGUAGGUGAACAGUGAUAAGAUCUACUGGCAGAGGAACCUGGAUGGCACCUUCACCCAGAUCCACAGUGAGAAGAAUGCGGUGGGCCACUGUAUCAGCACCAAGGCUGUGGGCUCAGACGAACGCAACGAUAUCACACACCUUUACAAGCACCCAGAAGGUAGCUUCACAUAGCUGUGCAAACACUGACAUGCAUUACAUAUCAUUGUUUUAUUACACACUUAUACAAGCAGACUCCUGUACAAGGCAAGCACCCAGAAGGUAAAAUGCAUUAAUUCCGACUUUAUUGUCAUCAGGCACAGAAGAGGAACGCAUUGCUGUGGAGACUGCCAGUCGCUAUGGUUCCAAACCAGAUACCUACUCCUCUCCCAUCGCUGAGGAUGUAUCAAUAGAGGUGACCAUGGAUGGGGAGGGGCCACGCAUGGGGGGAGAUGCAGAACUGAACAUUGUAAUGCAAAAUGCUAGUUCUCUACCACGCACCAUCAACCUCCACAGCCAGGUGGCAGUCAUGUACUACACUGGCGUGCUCAAGGCCACCGUCAAGAAGGACGAAACUCCUGUGGAGCUGCUACCCAAUGAAGGUGAGCCACUGGGAAUAUCUUGUAUUACAUAUCAGUGACGUUCAGUCAGACAUUGUUAUUCAUUGCAUGCCCAGGUUUUUCUGAUCCCUAGUCCUGUCCUGUCCCCCUCUCCUAACAGUGAAGACCCUGGAGUGGAUCCUUCAGUACCAGCACUAUCAGGACCAGCUAGUGGACCAGGCUGCUCUGAUGCUGACCCUCUCAGGCCGGGUCACUGAGACACAGCAGGUCCUUGCCACUCAGUUCAGCUUCCGCCUCCGCACCCCUGACCUCAUCAUUAAGGUGAGACAAAACUAAACAGACUGAAUGAAUUGUAUCCACAGCAUUUUUCUUUCUGUAUAUAAUCUGUCUUUCUUUGUGUCUGAUAUUGUCUACUGACAAUAUGAUUCAGAGAUGUUCUGUAGUGGUAACAGUUCCCUAUACUUUUCCCUCCUAGCCGGUAGGGGAGGCUGUGGUUGGGAAAAAGAUGGCGGCUGAGAUUUCCUUCACCAACCCUCUGCCACGCACGCUGAAGGGAGUGUUGUUCCAUGUGGAGGGGCUGGGCCUGCAGAGUAUUCGACAGAUCGCUGUUGGGUGAGAAACAAUUAUUAUUCUGUUCACUAUCUGCAGCUUCAUCUAAGCACGGUUUAGUCCUUAUGACUCUGAAGGUGCACUAUGUGUGACGUAUGUUGUCACUGUUCUUUUAUGUUCUGAACAAGCACAGUUCUGAGUGUCUCUCUCAUCUCCUCUCUCAGUGACGUGGCCAGUCACUCCUCUGUGACUCUGACGGAGCACUUUGUUCCUACUCUGCCUGGAUCCAGGAAACUGGUGGCUUCUCUGGACUGUAAGCAGCUCACACAGGUCCACGGUGUCGCCAACAUUGACGUCAAGGAGAAAUGAGCCUUUGGACACCAUAGACCCCUUUUGGUCUGCUUGACUAUUGAGGCAUAAUCACUGUGGAUGACAUAAGACGUCAUCACCCUCUCCUCCUCCAUACCAGAGCACUGAUGUUGCUGUUGAGUUCAUUAUGAUGUUUGAAAGUACAGUCUAAGCUUGAGACACAGGAAAACCAUACACCAUGCAAGACAAACCUGUAUUAUGUGCCUUGAAAAGUGCCUAAGCAUAUAAUUGCAGUCUUUACAAGAGUGGUAUUAGAAUUUGUAUAAUUGCAUAACAUAUCUUACCUACUGAACAGAGCACAAGCUAUAUGACACAUCGGAACAAUAAUGUUUGUUUAGUAUGCUGUACAGUAAAGCAAAAAUACUGUGUACAGAGUGGUUUGUUCUGUUGCUAGAGCAUUGUAUAUCUAUGACAAUCAGAUUUUUCUCUGAUAUUAUUUUCUAACACUUAUUAGAAGGAGUAUGCGUUACCUUACACUGUACAUUUGAAUAAUGCUAUGGUGUUAUUAACUUAUAAAACAUUGUUGUUGAUGUUAAGAGAUCAGUUAUUUUAAACAUACAGGUAACUGCCAAAAUA